CACAGAAGGCUUCAAGACUACUCUGCUGACGUGCCUUCAGUGAAGAGCAGCCAUGGCUUCUUCAGAUUCUGAAAUGGCCAUCUUUGGGGAGGCUGCUCCUUAUCUUCGAAAGUCAGAGAAGGAAAGAAUUGAGGCCCAGAACAAGCCUUUUGAUGCCAAGUCAUCAGUCUUUGUGGCUCAUCCAAAGGAAUCCUUUGUGAAAGGGACAAUCCAGAGCAGGGAAACAGGGAAGGUCACUGUCAAGACUGAAGGUGGAGAGACUCUGACUGUGAAGGAUGAUCAGGUCUACUCCAUGAACCCUCCCAAGUACGAUAAAAUUGAGGACAUGGCCAUGAUGACUCACCUCCAUGAACCCGCUGUGCUGUACAACCUCAAAGAGCGUUAUGCAGCCUGGAUGAUCUACACCUACUCGGGCCUGUUCUGUGUCACUGUCAACCCCUACAAGUGGCUGCCGGUGUACAACCCGGAGGUGGUGUUGGCCUACCGAGGCAAAAAGCGCCAGGAGGCCCCUCCACACAUCUUCUCCAUCUCUGACAACGCCUAUCAGUUCAUGCUGACUGACCGCGAGAAUCAGUCAAUUCUGAUCACCGGAGAAUCUGGUGCAGGGAAGACUGUGAACACGAAACGUGUCAUCCAGUACUUUGCAACAAUUGCAGCUAGUGGGGAGAAGAAGAAGGAGGAGCAGUCUGGCAAAAUGCAGGGAACGCUUGAGGAUCAAAUCAUCAGUGCCAACCCCCUGCUGGAGGCCUUUGGGAAUGCCAAGACUGUGAGGAAUGACAACUCCUCACGCUUUGGUAAAUUCAUCAGAAUCCACUUUGGGGCCACAGGCAAACUGGCUUCUGCUGACAUUGAAACUUAUCUGCUGGAGAAGUCCAGGGUCACUUUCCAGCUCAAGGCUGAAAGAAGCUACCACAUUUUUUAUCAGAUCAUGUCCAACAAGAAGCCAGAGCUAAUAGACAUGCUCCUUAUUACCACCAACCCAUAUGAUUACCACUUUGUUAGUCAAGGUGAGAUUACUGUUCCCAGCAUUGAUGAUCAAGAGGAGCUUAUGGCUACAGAUAGUGCCAUUGACAUCCUGGGCUUCACUGCCGAUGAAAAAACAGCCAUCUACAAGCUGACAGGGGCUGUCAUGCACUAUGGGAAUUUGAAGUUCAAGCAGAAGCAGCGAGAGGAGCAGGCAGAGCCAGAUGGCACAGAAGUUGCAGACAAGGCUGCCUACCUGAUGGGUCUGAACUCAGCAGACCUGCUCAAAGCCUUGUGUUACCCUCGAGUCAAGGUUGGGAAUGAAUAUGUGACCAAAGGUCAAACUGUGCAGCAGGUGAACAAUGCUGUAGGUGCCUUGGCAAAGGCUGUCUAUGAGAAGAUGUUCUUGUGGAUGGUUGUUCGCAUCAACCAGCAGCUGGAUACCAAGCAGCCCAGGCAGUACUUCAUUGGUGUCCUGGACAUCGCUGGCUUUGAGAUCUUUGAUUUCAACAGCUUUGAGCAGCUCUGCAUUAACUACACCAAUGAGAAGCUGCAGCAGCUCUUUAACCACACCAUGUUUAUUCUGGAGCAAGAGGAGUACCAGCGGGAGGGCAUAGAGUGGAAUUUCAUUGACUUUGGUCUUGACCUGCAGCCUUGCAUUGAGCUCAUUGAGAAGCCCAUGGGCAUCUUCUCCAUCCUGGAAGAGGAGUGCAUGUUCCCCAAGGCAACUGACACCUCUUUCAAAAACAAGCUCUAUGACCAGCAUCUGGGCAAGUCCAGCAACUUCCAGAAGCCCAAGCCUGCCAAAGGAAAGGUUGAGGCCCACUUCUCCCUGGUGCACUAUGCUGGCACAGUGGACUACAACAUCACUGGUUGGCUUGAGAAGAACAAGGACCCCUUGAACGAAACUGUCAUUGGGCUGUACCAGAAAUCAUCUGUGAAGACGCUGGCCUUACUGUUUGCCAGCUAUGGUGGAGCAGAUGCAGAGGCUAGCGGUGGAGGCAAAAAGGGGGGCAAGAAGAAGGGUUCUUCUUUCCAAACUGUUUCAGCUCUUUUCCGGGAGAACUUAAACAAGCUGAUGACCAAUCUACGGAGCACUCACCCACACUUUGUUCGCUGCAUCAUUCCAAAUGAAACAAAAACACCCGGUAAGAAGCUUAAGCAAAAAGAGAUUUUCCUCUUAUACAGUCAUUCCCUCUGUACAAAACCAGUAUUCAAAAAAAAAUGCGAUGAAUUUUUAGGUGCCAUGGAGCAUGAACUUGUACUACACCAGCUGCGUUGUAAUGGUGUGCUGGAAGGGAUAAGGAUUUGCAGGAAAGGCUUCCCCAGCAGAGUCCUCUAUGCAGACUUUAAACAGAGAUACAAAGUCCUUAAUGCCAGUGCCAUCCCUGAGGGACAGUUCAUUGAUAGCAAGAAAGCUUCUGAAAAACUCCUUUCAUCUAUUGAUGUGGACCACACCCAGUACAAAUUUGGUCACACCAAGGUGUUUUUCAAAGCUGGGCUGCUGGGACUCCUGGAGGAGAUGAGGGAUGAGAAGCUGGCACAGCUCAUCACUCGCACACAGGCCAGGUGCAGGGGCUUCCUGAUGAGAGUGGAGUACCAGAGAAUGGUGGAGAGGAGGGAGUCCAUCUUCUGCAUCCAGUACAAUGUUCGUGCCUUCAUGAAUGUCAAGCACUGGCCCUGGAUGAAGCUGUUCUUCAAAAUCAAACCUCUGCUGAAGAGUGCAGAGUCUGAGAAGGAGAUGGCCAAUAUGAAAGAAGAGUUUGAGAAGACUAAGGAAGAGCUUGCAAAGUCUGAGGCAAAGAGGAAGGAGCUGGAGGAGAAAAUGGUGAAGCUGGUGCAGGAGAAAAAUGAUCUGCAGCUCCAAGUGCAGGCUGAAGCAGAUAGCUUGGCUGAUGCUGAAGAAAGAUGUGACCAGCUCAUCAAAACCAAAAUCCAGCUGGAAGCCAAAAUUAAGGAGGUGACAGAACGGGCUGAGGAUGAGGAGGAAAUUAAUGCUGAGCUGACAGCCAAAAAGAGGAAACUGGAAGAUGAAUGUUCAGAGCUGAAGAAAGACAUAGAUGACCUGGAGUUAACACUGGCCAAAGUUGAGAAGGAAAAGCAUGCCACUGAAAACAAGGUGAAAAACCUCACAGAGGAGAUGGCAGCCCUGGAUGAGACCAUUGUGAAGCUGACAAAAGAGAAGAAAGCCCUCCAAGAGGCCCAUCAGCAGACACUGGAUGACCUGCAGGCUGAAGAGGACAAAGUCAAUACGCUGACCAAAGCUAAAACCAAGCUGGAGCAGCAAGUGGAUGAUCUGGAAGGGUCCCUGGAGCAAGAGAAGAAGCUGCGCAUGGACCUCGAGAGAGCUAAGAGGAAACUUGAAGGAGACCUGAAGUUGGCCCAUGACAGCAUAAUGGAUUUGGAAAAUGACAAGCAGCAGCUGGACGAGAAACUGAAGAAGAAAGACUUUGAAAUCAGUCAGAUCCAGAGCAAAAUUGAGGAUGAGCAAGCCCUGGGCAUGCAAUUACAGAAGAAGAUCAAGGAGCUGCAGGCCCGUAUUGAGGAACUGGAGGAGGAAAUUGAGGCAGAGCGAACUUCUCGGGCAAAAGCAGAGAAGCACCGGGCUGACCUCUCCAGGGAGCUGGAGGAGAUCAGUGAGCGCCUGGAGGAAGCAGGAGGGGCUACAGCAGCUCAGAUUGAUAUGAACAAGAAGCGUGAGGCAGAAUUUCAGAAGAUGCGCCGUGACCUUGAAGAGGCCACACUGCAGCACGAAGCCACGGCUGCCGCCCUGCGGAAGAAGCAUGCGGACAGCACAGCGGAGCUUGGGGAGCAGAUCGACAACCUGCAGCGAGUCAAGCAGAAGCUGGAGAAGGAAAAGAGUGAGCUGAAGAUGGAGAUUGAUGACUUGGCCAGCAACAUGGAGUCUGUCUCCAAAGCCAAGGCAAAUCUGGAGAAGAUGUGCCGCACACUGGAAGAUCAGCUGAGUGAGAUUAAGACAAAGGAGGAAGAGCAUCAGCGCAUGAUCAAUGACCUCAAUACUCAAAGAGCUCGUCUGCAGACAGAAGCAGGUGAAUACUCACGGCAAGCAGAAGAAAAAGAUGCUUUGAUAUCUCAGUUAUCAAGAGGCAAACAGGCAUUUACUCAACAGAUUGAGGAAUUAAAGAGACAUCUAGAGGAAGAAAUAAAGGCCAAGAACGCCCUGGCCCACGCCUUGCAGUCUGCUCGCCAUGACUGUGACUUGCUCCGGGAACAGUAUGAAGAGGAGCAGGAAGCCAAGGGUGAGCUGCAGCGUGCCCUGUCCAAGGCCAACAGUGAAGUGGCCCAGUGGAGAACCAAAUAUGAGACAGAUGCUAUUCAGCGCACAGAGGAGCUGGAGGAGGCCAAAAAGAAGCUGGCCCAGCGCCUGCAGGAUGCCGAGGAACAUGUUGAAGCUGUGAAUGCCAAAUGCGCUUCCCUGGAAAAGACAAAGCAGAGGCUGCAGAAUGAGGUGGAGGACCUGAUGAUUGAUGUGGAGAGAGCAAAUGCUGCCUGCGCAGCUUUGGACAAGAAGCAGAAGAACUUUGACAAGAUCCUGGCAGAGUGGAAGCAGAAGUAUGAGGAAACGCAGGCUGAGCUGGAGGCCUCCCAGAAGGAGUCUCGGUCCCUCAGCACAGAGCUGUUUAAGAUGAAGAAUGCCUAUGAGGAGUCCCUGGACCACCUGGAAACGCUGAAGCGUGAGAACAAGAACUUGCAGCAGGAGAUUUCUGACCUCACGGAGCAGAUUGCAGAGGGAGGAAAGGCGAUUCAUGAGCUGGAGAAAGUCAAGAAGCAGAUUGAGCAGGAGAAGUCUGAAAUCCAGGCUGCUCUGGAAGAAGCUGAGGCCUCCCUGGAACAUGAAGAGGGGAAGAUCCUGCGCCUCCAACUGGAGCUCAACCAGGUCAAGUCUGAGAUUGACAGGAAGAUAGCAGAGAAAGAUGAGGAAAUUGACCAGCUGAAGAGAAACCACCUCAGAAUUGUGGAGUCCUUGCAGAGCAGCCUGGAUGCUGAGAUCAGGAGCAGGAAUGAAGCCCUGAGACUGAAGAAGAAGAUGGAGGGAGAUCUGAAUGAAAUGGAGAUCCAGCUGAGCCAUGCCAACCGCAUGGCUGCAGAGGCACAAAAGAACCUGAGAAACACACAGACAGUGUUGAAGGAUACCCAGAUACACUUGGAUGAUGCUCUCAGGACGCAGGAGGACUUGAAGGAGCAGGUGGCCAUGGUGGAGCGCAGAGCAAACCUGCUGCAGGCUGAGAUUGAGGAGCUGCGGGCAGCUCUGGAGCAGACGGAGCGCUCGAGGAAAGUGGCUGAGCAGGAGCUUCUGGAUGCAAGUGAGCGUGUGCAGCUCCUCCAUACCCAGAACACCAGUUUGAUCAACACCAAGAAAAAACUGGAAACAGACAUUGCCCAAAUUCAGAGUGAAAUGGAGGACACCAUUCAGGAAGCCCGCAAUGCUGAAGAGAAGGCCAAGAAGGCCAUCACCGAUGCAGCCAUGAUGGCAGAAGAGCUGAAGAAGGAGCAGGACACCAGUGCCCACCUGGAGAGGAUGAAGAAGAACCUGGACCAGACGGUGAAGGACCUGCAGCUCCGUCUGGAUGAAGCAGAGCAGCUGGCCCUGAAGGGAGGCAAGAAGCAAAUCCAGAAGCUGGAGGCCAGGGUGCGGGAGCUGGAAGGGGAGGUUGAUGCUGAGCAGAAGCGCAGUGCUGAAGCCGUGAAGGGUGUGCGCAAGUACGAGAGGAGGGUGAAGGAGCUGACCUACCAGUCUGAGGAAGAUCGGAAGAAUAUUCUUAGACUUCAGGAUCUGGUGGACAAACUUCAGAUGAAGGUGAAAUCCUAUAAGAGGCAAGCUGAGGAGGCUGAGGAGCUGUCCAAUGUCAACCUCACCAAGUUCCGCAAGAUCCAGCAUGAGCUGGAGGAAGCCGAGGAGCGGGCUGACAUUGCAGAGUCACAGGUCAACAAGCUCCGUGUGAAGACUCGGGAGUUUCACAGUAAGAAGAUAGAAGAGGAAGAGUGAGAAUGUCAUGAGGCCACAAAAAAGCCUGAGGAGUGCACAGAAUGUGAACUCUCUCCUGCUUUAUUCUGCAAUGUCUUUGUAACCACGUCAAUGUCUAGAGAAUAAAACCCAUAGAUUAAUAUACAUAAGCACUACCAA